GAGGAGAGCGCCACUUUCAUCAUCCAAACAGACCCAGUGACGCAGGAGGGGGUGGUUGUGCUCACCCAGCCUUUGGACUACGAAACAAAGAGGCGCUACGUAAUGGCUGCAGAGGCCGUUAAUGACCACGUGGACACUCGAUUUCUGGCUCUGGGGGAGUUCAGGGACAGGACGACGCUCAAGAUCAUCGUGGAGGACGUGGACGAGCCGCCCGUCUUCAUCUCACCGGUCUACGAGUGGAAAGUUCCUGAAAAUGCCGCCGUGGGAACCGUGCUCGGCAGCGUCAGCGCCAGGGACACUGACACAGUCAGCAACGCCAUCAGGAAAGUGGCUCAUAGAGAUGACUCAUUAAUGAUAACUGUGGGUGGGAUGAAGGGCAGAGGUUUGAGCAUCACUAAGUCUCCGCUCAGACCAGCCCAGAAGCAUUUAUCCUCCUCGGUGGUGGUGUUCAUCAAAGUGCUGGACAUAAACGACAACGUGCCAAGGCUUGCAAGAGAUUACCAGCCAUAUAUCUGUGAGGGGACACAGGCAGGAGAACUCAUCCAGCUGCUCAGCGCUGUUGAUCCAGACGAGCCUGUGGAGGGACACCAUUUCUACUUCUCAAUGGUCCCUGAGAAGCACAUCAAUCCCAACUUCACUAUCCGAGAUAAUCAAGACAAUACAGCCGGCAUCGUGGCACGCAGGAGUACGUUCACCCGCAAGGACCGAACCCAGUACCUCCUGCCCGUGGUGGUGACAGACAGCGGCUCUCCAGCCCUCUCCAGCACCAGCACUUUGACCAUCAGCGUGUGCAGCUGCCAACCUGCAGGACAUUGUCCCUCAGGAGGGGUGGAGGCGCUCGCUCUGUCGAUGGGGGUCAGCCUGCAAACACUGUUGGGGCUCCUGGUGUGUCUGGUCACACUCACAGUGCUGUCAAUUCUAAUGCUGAUGGUGAGGAGACACAGGCGGAAACAGCAGGAGGGGCAGGAUGUGGAGGUGAAGGAGCUGGAGCUGCCGGAGACGGUGUCUCAGAAGGUGCUGUAUUACGGAGAACCCGGGGGUGGCAGAGCGGGCCUAGACUUCUGCCAGCCCGCUGUUCCCCUGCGCCACCACCCCCACAGGAGGAGGGAGAGGCGGCUGCGGAGGGAGGACGUCAGGGCCAGCAUAAGGAUGUCCUUGAGAGAGUCGCACCUCAUCGGGCCGGAGGACGAGGUCUUCAGGCAGUUUAUUCUGGACAGGUUGGAGGAGGCUGAUCGAGAUCCUCGCUGUCCCCCGUUCGAUUGCCUCAGGAUCUACGCAUAUGAGGGGUCGGGGUCUCCCGCAGGCUCCCUGAGCUCACUGGAGUCGGUCGCUUAUGAGAUUGAACCUGAGCAGCCAGCUUGUAAUACCAGGCCCUACGUAGUGAGGCUCACCCCUUGGUAUGGGGGAGGAGAGGAGGACACCAUCUUCUGAGAGGUUCUUCUUCAGUGGGAAUACUUUGACAUUUUGUGAAAUAUAUGUUUAUUCCCUUUUUUUUUUCUCAAGACUGUACAAAGCUACAGUCGGCAGUAAGUCUGUGGAGGUGCUGGUCGGUCAGGCUAAGGCUAAACUAAGCUAACCAACUGAUGUAUGUACAGCACAGAUAGCGAGAAAGUGUAUUUUACAAAAUGUCAAACUAUGCCUUUAGAGGAAAAAUCAAGCCGUACACAUAAAAAGCUAUUGUUUCCAUGUUUUUUCUAACUUGCUGUAACUGUUCAAACGUAGAUGACAUGAAGUUUGUUGGACCUUUUCUCUCUGGACUCCGCAACAAUCAAAUCCCAUCCAGUCUCCUUGAUAAAAUACCAAAUCUCUACAGCUCUAACAGAUAUUUCAGAUAUUACAUUCAUGAGGCUGUUCACAUCAGACCACUGGCUCUAUUUUCCUGACGAGUGACCCUUCGGUCAUGCAAAUAAUGACUGUCCUCCUUAACAAUAGCACAAGUGGAAGCAGUGUGAUGUGGCUCAGCUGCUGAAAAGCCUCUCGACAAAGAGGUCAAGGUGCAAGGUGGGACAAUAUCGGUUUGACCUAUAUUUCACAGACUGCGGCUUGAAUCAUUUCUGCUCAAACGAUGUCACAUUAUCCGCUGAUGAAGCUGUAAAGGCAAAAAUAAUUGGCUUUUGAAAAAUCCAGGAGACGAGGAGCAGCGUGAGUGUUUAGCUCAGAGGAAACAGUGAUGAAUAUUAUUUCUUAUUCACUCUCCUUCUUGCUCUGUUUUGUUCUCUCUUAACCUGCAGCUGCACUUCUACAUUCAACAGCUGGAGUUGAGUUACAGUUCUGGAAUGGACGGGUCACAUCCAGUGGGUGUUUGACCCGCUGCAGACGGGAACAAGGUUGUUGUGUGCAGCCUGAAAACCAAACCAAUGAGUUCCAAGUGAUGUUUUGUUGCUAUAGCGACCUUUUAACAUUGCACAUUUUUACAUAUUGUUGAUGUAAAAUCUAAUUGAUGCACACAGUUUUAACGCUGAACCCUAACCAGCCUUUAACUUAACCUUGUUUUCUUGUUUUCCAUUCGGUCACAUGAUUCACCAUAAUAUCACCACAAGACAAAAACGUCCCUUUCUCUCGCCUGUAUGAACAUUUCCUUCCCAGUAUUUAUAGGGAGCCACUCAUUUUAUGUUUGCUUGUUACACCCACACUGAGAAUUAGUCAUUAGUCAGUGAACAGCUGAGUCUGUGCACGUUUGUCGAGGUCGUAUUUAAAGGUGCAGUGUGUAGAAUUUAGUGAUAUCUAGUGUUGAAGUGUUGCAGCUGAA